AGCAAGAGGGGUCGGCUGUGAAGAGCUCGUCCGCAAUAGAGGGGUCGACUGUGAAGAGGUCGUCCGGUGAGGGUUUGACCGGCGAUGGAAGAAGAAGCUCAGGUGUAAGAUUGCGACGUGGCGCGGCUCGGCGGGAUGGAACGGCUAUGAAGAGCUCGUCCACGAUGGAGGGGUCGGCUGUGAAGAGCUCAUCCAGUGAGGGUUUGACCGGCGAUGGAAGAAGAAGCUCGGUUGUGAGAUUGCGACACGGCGCGGCUUGGCGGGGUGGAACAGCAGUGGCCACCACUGCAGCAAAUCGAUUUAUUGAGGACGAUUUGGUAACCACCUGCAAAUCAAGACCGGUGGUCGUGUUGUGCGUUCUUGGCUUUCAAUUUGGGGUUUAGAUUUGGUGUUCAUGGUGGUGGUUGUCUCGCAGUGUAGAUCAAAACCCGCAGCCACUGCCACCUCUUCGGCUUCAGCUUUGGCUUCACUGCCGCCGAAAUAACCAGUGGCUCCAUCGCCGAAUGAACCCAUUUUGUCGCAUAUUUGAUCGACUAAUUUUUCUUAAUCGGGUGGAAUCAAUUGCAGGACCUUUGUUUGCACCAUCACAACAGAGAUCGUGAGGAAAAGGCGAAACCGCUUGUUGGCUUUUCGAACGUCUUGAAUGCUCCUGCCCAGAAGCCGUGUUGGGACGACUGGGAGUUCUCGGUGAAGAGGUUGAAUUGAUUUUAGAAACCGGCAAGCACUGAAUCACACCAGUUGCCGUUCUUGUCUCGCGACCACCAUUGAUGCUGUUGAAGCUUCGUGAUUAAGGUGCUCGACCCAUAGCGCAUAUACGACUCAGUUAAUGAAAUGGGUUGCCGUUGCCGGAGAAGCUAUAUGGCACGGUUCAGCGUGGGUAUGUCUGUCAUUGAUUGAAGCUCCCCUCCAUGUCACCAUGGUCAUAAGGUUGCUUUUAUAAGGGUAAAAUUGUCUUUUACUAUUUUUGUUUACACCAAUUGGCCGGAGAUGUCACAUUGGGGGUCAAUUGCACCAAAUUCAAGAGUUCAAGGGGGCAAAUUGUAGUUCAGGGGAAUUAAUUACACAUGGUCAAUAGUUGAAGGGGUUUUUUUGCACUUUACCCUAUUAUAUAUAACUAAAACAAAAUAUACGGAGGAUAUGGAUAUUAUUAGUAAAUUCAAUAAUAAAAAUAUUUUAAGCAACAUUAUUAUCAAAUAAAUUUAAAUUUUUUUUAAAUAUAAAGCACUUUAUAAAAUAUACCACCAAAUGCAAUUUUAUAACAGUUCUACUGUUAAAAGUGCUUUUAUAAUUUUAACAGCAAUCCAAAACGAAUCUCUUUUCCACUUUCAAUUCCACCAUCAAUCCCGUCCGGAAUUGGGAUAGUAUGCGUACGUAUCCAAACAUAUAAAAAAAUUUCAAACCAGUUUACUAAAAUUGUGACUACUCAAAUUUGGUCCCUUGAAUCCUAAAAUCACAUAAAUAAUUCAAUUUGGACGUUCCAGUUUUAGACUUGUCACGUUUACACACUUGUUAUUCCACAAAUCUCAGUCAAAUUCGGGACAGUAUCUGCGUCCAAACAUUCCGAAAUUCCCCAAACCCCUCUUACGAGUCUCACCCACUCGCCGCCACUUCGUUUCCCCCUCGUAAACCCUUUCUAAACUCCUCUUUUUCUCUCUCUAACAGCUGCAUCCACACCAGUCCAGUGGCUCUCUCUCUAUAAACCGCCAAAUGUGGUGCCGCCGGCCAAUACUCACCAGAGUCCUCCAUCUCCGCUACUUCACCCAAUCUUCAGCCGCACCUCUCAUCCACGACUUCGAACAACGAUUCACCUAUCUCGAAGGCUUACCCAAACCAGACCCCAAAUAUGACGAGACCAUCCUUGCGAUCCCACGCGAAGCCUCCGGUAAGAACAUCUCCGCCAAGGAGAGGAAGCGCGGCCGUGUCCCCAGCAUCGUUUUCGAACAGGAGGACGGCCAACACGGCGGCAAUAAGCGUCUCAUUUCUGUUCAAACCAAUCAGAUUCGCAAGCUCGUGAACCAUCUCGGCCGGUCCUUCUUCCUCUCUAGACUCUUUGAUCUUGAGGUUCGGUCCGAUUUCGAGUCCGACAAUGUCAUCGAGAAGGUUCGGGUCUUGCCGCGAAAGCUUCAUCUGCAUGCCGGUACAGAUGCGGUACUUAAUGUUACCUUUAUAAGGGCUCCAUCUCAGGCCUUGUUAAAGGUUGAAGUUCCUCUUGUAUUCAUAGGAGACGAUGUGUCACCUGGGCUGAGAAAAGGAGCUUAUUUGAACACUAUCAAGAGGACUGUCAAGUUCCUUUGCCCUGCAGAUGUCAUCCCUCCCUAUAUUGAGGUGGAUCUAAGUGAAUUGGAUGUGGGUCAAAAGUUGUUAAUGGCGGACCUCAAGGUUCAUCCAGCUGUAAGGCUUAUUCAAUCAAAGGAUUUACCCGUUUGCAAUAUAAUUGGGUCUAGGGCUUCUUCUGAUGAAAAGAAGUCCAAAUAAACACCUCGAAAGUUGAAAUUUUUUAUUUGCGUAUUGUAAAACAAAAUCGACCUCUUGGUGGUAUGAGAGGGCAUUGUUGUGCCGAUGGAUGCUUGUUCUUGAUUUUGUCCACUUAGUAGAGUAAUUCAUGGAGGACAGGGUUAUGGAAUGAUAGUGUAGUGAUUGCUUUUGUUACAUUUUUCUUUUUUUAUGGCUGGUUUGGUGGUGUUGUAGAGGAACUCAGUGUAGCUCUAUAUAUUGGGAAGAGAUUGUUCAAUUGUGGGCUCAGCUCAGGCAAGUGAGGAGCAAGAGCUCUUAUUAAGUUUA